AUGGGUGCACUACAGUCUCGCGUGCGUGAAUGGGCGCUGCAGUUACUACUCGGUUCGCGUGCUGAAUGUCGCACGAAUGCGCUUCGGGCGUGUCUGCUUGCAUCCGAUGUUGCUUCAGAGGGUGCGCAGAGUAUCAUCAAACUUGUUGCCACCAGUCUUAUUGCAAAUGACUGCAUGACAGAUGGUGUGCAGCUCUUGUUUUUAAUUGGUCACGGUAAUGAUGCUUGUCGAUAUCUGCAGGCUCAUGGCUUCUGGAGUAAAAGCUUUCAUUUUGCAAAGCCAUAA